UCUAGUUUGCUGCAGUUUUUCCUUGCCUACAGACUCUCUAAAGAUACUAAACCAUGUCAAGCAACACUUCAAAAAAAGAGAAGAUAUUUCUCUUUACCUCAGAGUCUGUUGCAGAAGGACAUUCUGAUAAAAUGUGUGAUCAGAUCAGCGAUGCUGUCCUUGAUGCCCAUAUCAGAGUUGAUCCAGAUGCUAAGGUUGCUUGUGAAUGUGUGGCCAAAACAGGGAUGAUCUUGCUCUGUGGAGAGAUCACUUCCAAAGCUGUAGUGGAUUACCAGCAAAUUGUGCGAGAGACCCUCAAGAGGAUAGGCUAUGAUGACUCUUCAAAAGGAUUAGACUAUAAGACUUGUACAGUGCUGGUAGCUCUAGAACAACAGUGUGAAGAAAUCAAACAUGCUGUCUCCCAUGGCAAGAGUGAAGAUGACAUUGGAGCUGGGGACCAGGGUUUGAUGUUUGGUUAUGCCACUGAUGAAACUGAAGAAUGCAUGCCUCUAACAAUCCUACUUGCACACAAACUUAAUGCAAAGAUUAAAGCCCUGGAGAGGAAUGGAACAUGGCCCUGGAUUAGACCAGAUGGGAAAACGCAGGUCACAAUGGAAUACAAGGAAAAGGAUGGAGCAGUGGAGCCCAUCCGUGUACACACAUUGGUGAUCUCUGUACAUCAUGCACCCGAUAUGUCUGUACAACAAAUGCGGAAAGAACUAAUGGAAAAAGUUGUCAAAGAAGUUAUUCCAGCAAAAUAUCUAGAUGAGAACACAAUCUAUCAUCUCCUUCCGAGUGAAGUGUUUAUAGAAGGUGGUCCUAAGGGUGAUGCUGGACUGACUGGCCGAAAGAUCAUUGUUGAUACUUAUGGAGGCUGGGGAGCCCAUGGUGGAGGUGCGUUCUCUGGGAAAGAUCCUUCCAAAGCUGAUCGCUCAGCAGCAUAUGCAGCUCGCUGGGUUGCAAAAUCCCUAGUGAAAGCUGGUCUCUGUAGAAGAGUAUUGAUCCAGCUGUCUUAUGCUAUUGGUCUGAGCCACCCUCUAGCCAUUUCCGUAUUCCACUACGGCACUUCAGAUAGAUCAGAAGAAGAGCUGCUUGAAAUUGUACAGAAAAACUUUGAUCUACGCCUUGGAGUCAUUAUAAGGGAACUGGAUUUGAAGAGACCAAUAUAUCAACAGACUGCAUGUUAUGGGCACUUUGGAAGAGAAGAAUUUACAUGGGAAAUACCAAAGAAGCUUGUGUAUUAAGCUUUUCCAAAUCUGUCUCUUAUAAUGGAGAAUCUUUUUAAUGAGCAGGUAUGACCUCUAAACUGUCAGAGGGGAAAAGGAUCUUUUUAAAAUCUAAUAAAUGACAUUCUUGUAACUGAACUAGGUACUGACAACUAUAAGCAAUGUAACU